GGUGUACUCGGUUGUCGAUUUCUCCAUGUUUAUGCCCCUCAUUUCUCUCCACUCCCAUGUGAUUUGGCCCUCUCUUUCCCCCUCACCAUUCCAUUUUCCUCCAGUUCUUUCAGUUUUUUUCUUUAAAAAUCAGUUCUUUGGCUAUUCCUGAGAUGGACUAAACGCAGACACUGACAGUGAAGCAAAUCUCAGUUUCUGCUCUCUCUGUCUCUCUUGUAUUCAACUUUUGGGCUUCAAAAACUAGACACCCAUUUCAAAUUGGAGUUUUGAAGAGCUGAUUUUGAAGCAUUUGGGGGGAGAUGUGUUUUUGAGUUCAUCAACAAUUGAGUAAGGUAGGACUGUCUUCUCUGUAUCUAAAGUUUCUGCUGUUGUGUUUCCAUUCUUUUGGUGCUUUACUAAAUCUCUGAUUCUUUAAACCCAGAUAGAGAUUGUUUAGGGAGGAAGAAAGAUUUUAUCUUUUUUGGUUAUAAUGAGGGACUUUCCUUCUUGUUUUGGUGAAAGUGGAGUUCAAGUUGCUGAUUCUUCUUCAUCAAGUACUUCUAAAGCUGCUCAAAAUUUAAUUACUUGUGUUUAUCAGUGUAAAUUUCAUGGUAGAUCGUGUUUGAUUACGGUUACAUGGACCAAGAGUCUGAUGGGUCAAGGCCUUUGUAUUGCAAUUGACGAUUUGGCCAAUCAGUGUUUGUGUAAGGUUGAUAUAAAACCAUGGUUGUUCUCAAAGAGAAAAGGGUCAAAGAAUUUGGAGGUAGAUUCUAGUAAGGUUGAUAUAUAUUGGGAUUUGUCUAAUGCUAGAUUUGGUUCUGGGCCAGAACCACUGGAGGGGUUUUAUGUAGCUGUUGCAUUCGACCAAGAAGUAGUGUUACUUCUUGGGGAUUUGAAAAGGGAGGCAUACAAGAAGGUUGAUUCUGCUCCUGUUAAUUCCAAUGCCAUUUUUAUUGCAAAAAGGGAGCACAUUUUUGGGAAGAAAUUGUAUGGUGUCAAGGCUCAAUUUUGUGACAAGGGGCAGAUGCAUGAUGUCACAAUCGAGUGUGACACUUUGGAUCUCAAAGAUCCAUGCCUUGUUAUCAGAAUUGAUAGUAAGACAGUGAUGCAGAUCAAGCGGCUUAAGUGGAAGUUCCGUGGCAACCAGACCAUUUUGGUGGAUGGGCUUCCUGUAGAAGUGUUUUGGGAUGUGCACAACUGGCUCUUUGGUAAUGCAACUGGGAAUGCAGUUUUCAUGUUCCAAACCUGCCUAUCUGCAGAAAAAUUGUGGGCUAGCCAAUCUAUUUUUGAUCCAUCUGUAUUGACAUGGUCUCACUCUCAGAAAUUUAGGGAUUACCAGUUACAAGGUCUUGGUUUCUCAUUGAUAUUGUAUGCUUGGAAGAAUGAAUAGAAAUGUACUUUUCAGUUUUCACUCAUGUGAGUUAAGAAAUGCUUCGUGCUAUAUAUUUUCAUAGACAAUGUGAUUGAAAUAGAGUAUAUGCAACUUGAAAGAAGAAUUAAUUAGAUGCACCAAAAUUGACAUGACGUGCCUUGUAAUUUACAAAUAGCUUGACUUUUGUACCAUUUCUGCAUUCUUUCCAUAUCUGAGGAUAGAGUCUCUGGUCCAAUGUCUUCUUCAUAAACUUUGCAUAAAACCCAACUGUCUAACUGACAAAAGCAUAUUCAGAAUUGAGUGAGAUUAGAGAAUGGAAACUCUUUGAAUGUAUGUACCAGAAAAUACUCCUUGAAUGCCAAGCUCAAGAAGUUUGAGAAACUUUGUUCAUCCUAUACAUGUCUUCUGAUUCAACAUUUGAAUUCCAAUAUAGUUUAAGUUCAAUC